AGCUGUCACUGUCCAGAGCCCAACCCAGGAAGUGUUCUGGCCACUGGCUGGCCCACCCCCCAGGACCCAGCUGUCCUCUGUGCUGGCUCUGAGCUGUCACUGUCCAGAGCCCAACCCAGGAAGUGUUCCUGAUUCUGGUGGCCAACCAACCAGGAACUUGCACCCCAGCCCCUUCCCUCUGGCCCUACCAGGAAGGGUCCGGGCCCCAGGGAGACAGAGGACCUUCCUGUUCUGACUCAGAAGGAAGUCAGCGACUGUCCCAGAAAGAGGGCCUCAUGCUGUCCUGGAAGAUAACGUCCUCGUGUCCUUGAAGACGAGCCUCAGGCAAUUCGGGGAACCACGUGGUGGGGGUCCCAGCGGCGCUGGCUCGCGGGCCCCGCCAGCCCUCCUCCUCUAUAAGGCCAAGCCCCCGCCUGUUUCCUCACUCUCCUGAGCUCAGAAGGGCAACCGCAGCUGCAGCCAUGACGUGCCUCCUGCUCGUCCUGGGCAUGGCCCUCCUGUGUGGCAUGCGGGCCACCGACGUCACCCAGACCAUGGGGAGCCUGGACCUAACAAAGGUGGCCGGGACCUGGCACUCCAUGGCCAUGGCGGCCAGCGACAUCUCCCUCCUGGACUCUGCCAACCCCCUGAGAAUGUACAUCCAGGAGCUGAGACCCACCCCUGAGGACAACCUGGAGAUCGUCAUGAGCCAACGGGAGAACCACCUGUGUGUGCGGAGGAGCAUCACGGCCCGGAGGACCGAGGACCCGGCUGUGUUCGCGGUGGCCUAUGAGGGGGAAAGAAAGAUUUCCGUGCUGGACACAGAUUACACGGACUACAUGUUCUUCUGCAUGGACGCCACAGAGCCCACGGCUGAGCAAGGCACGGUGUGCCAGUACCUGGCCAGGACCCUGAAGGUGGACAACAAGGUCAUGGAGAAGUUCCACAGAACCUUCCAGACCCUGCCUGUGCACAUGCGCAUCAUCCUGGACCUGACCCAGGGCAGAGAGCAGUGCCAUGUCUAGGGCCCGGGAGCCUUGGUCCUCUGCAGAGAGACGACGUCACCCCCUGCCUCCCCGUCAGAACAAUCAGGAGAGACUGAGGCCGAGGGGGCUGCAGGACGGGGCUCCGCC